UUUAUUUAUUUAUAUAUAUAAACUAGAAACUAUAACUAACAAAUUUAUCUAAACACAUUUUAUCAUGAUAGAAACUACUGAACCCGAUAAAACUAUUGAUAUAACUACAAGUGGGUAUUUUCCUGAAGGAAUGCAAGAUACAGCCGUAAGAAACAUUAUUGAUGAAAACGUUGAAAAUAAAGAAAAUAAUGAAGAAGAUAUCCAUUUGGGUAAUAUAAAUAAAUAUGUACAUGAUUCAGGUAAGUCUGAUAAAAAUCAUGACACAAAAGAUAUUGACAAACUACUAGAAGUAAAAAUUAAUCAGGAAUUGAAAGAAUUGAAUCACCAAGAUGAACAAUGGAAUGUUGAAGAAAUAAAAAAUGACUUGAAAAGAGAAGAAUCUGCAUCCGAAGAAAUCAACGAUAAAUAUGAAACCGAUGUCCUACAGGAAAAUGAUAUAUCAAUCAUUUCUGAGCAUAAUAUGGAUACGAAUCUCGAUGAUAAAAUAAUGAGUAAUGAAUCUAUUACACAAGAAAAAUUUACAAUUGACCUUGAUACAAUUGAUCAAACAAAUUUGGAAAUUAGUAGAGAUGAAAACAUAAAAAAUGACACAAAAAAUAUAAAUAAUGUAUAUGAAGAAGUUGUUACAGAUGAUUCAAAAAAUAUUGUUAAUAUGAUUGGUGAUAAUAAAAGUCCUAAUCAUCUUGGUUCUCAAAUUACUGAUGAUAACAAAAAUUCUGAUCAUGUAUCUGAAACUAUUGAUGAUAAAAGUUUUUAUCAUGAGUCUGAAUUUAUUGAUGAUAAUAAAAGUUCUGAACAUGAAUCUGAACCUAAUAGCUUUGGUCAUGAGUCUGAAACCAAAGACUAUCUUGAUAACACAACUAGAGAACACAUGGAAAAUUUAAUUAAGAAAUCAGACAAAAAUUUAGAAGAAACUGAUUUCAAUGAAAAUAAUCGCAUGGAAGAAAAAAAUGCCGAUCAAACAGAAGAUUCUAACAAAAUAAAUGAUAUUUAUGAAAUAAAAUUAAACACUGAAACAAACGAGAAAGAUGAGAACGAAAGUGAAAUAAGCAUUGAUGACGAAAGUAACGAAAACGAAUAUAAAAUGUCCGAAAACGAUACAACCCUUGAAUCCGAUGUUAAACCUGAAGAUGAAAUUGAGAAAGAAAUCUUGCCUAACGAAGAACCCGUUGCUGAGAGUAAUGAAGAAGGUGAAAAUAAAUAUCCAACUUACCUUGAGGACGAUAAAACAGCCCUGAUAGAAAAAGAAGUACGUAGGGCAUCCCAGCAAUAUUACGAAAAUCUAGAAGAUUCCGCGGAAAUACAUGAAGAAUCACCACCCCUAGAGGAAAGAGUUCACAGUAAAGAAAAGUCUCGCGAUAAACAAAUUCGAUUUGAAGAAAUCGAAGAAAAAACGAAUGAUGAACAAGAACCAAUUGACAAAAAUGAUGAUAAUCAAGAUUUGCAAAAAAUUGAAGAGCCAAUUGCCAAAGAGGAAAAGGAAGUCAGUGUAGCAAAAGAAACUUUUAGUCGAAAAUCAGGUGGAAAUGAAGAUUUUUCACUACAACCCGAACAGCCCACUUUGAGAGAACGCAAAGCAAGUAAGGAUAUGGAAAAACAUAUACGUAUUAGAAAAAUUGAAAGAAAAUUAAGUAGCGAGUUUUCAAAUGAUUCAUAUGAGAAUAAAAAAAAGGAAACACCAACAACCAAUAUUUCAAGUAACAGAAGAAGUAAAGAUCUUACCAGCAGUGAUAUUGUGCCUAGACAAAGAAAAAUAGAAAGUAAUUAUGAGCCACCUCGAGAUUAUAGCACGACACCAAAAUCCCGUGACACAAUUAAAAGAGAUCGAUCAUUCAAAUCACCUGUUAAAGUUCCCAACUAUAGUACUCGAGAGAAGAAAGCUGAAAAUUAUUUUUCAAUGGAUAAUUAUUAUCCUGGUAAAUUCAGUUCAACUCCACGUACUGAUACGAAAAAGAUUAAUACCAGUCAAAAAUGUAUCGAUGAAUUUAAUACAAAUUAUGGAGCCUCAUCUAAAAGUGCAGGUUCUGAAUCGCGCUCGUCAACACCUACCACUGACUUCAUUAAAACUCUUUCAGAUAAAACAGGACAUAGUCCUAUUACUAGAUCUUUAUAUGAGACUAACUUGGAUAAUUUCAAUAGCAGCUUCACUGAUUUUAAUUACAAACCGGUAAGUUCAUAUUUAUCUUCUACCAAUUAUUCUUAUCCCAAAGCUCGCAAUUUGUAUGAUCCAUAUUAUUAUUAUAAUGACUAUCGUUAUUAUCCAUAUCAUAGAACAUACAAUAACUAUUCAACUCCUUAUUAUUCGUCUUCCUAUUAUACGCCGACUUCCAGUUACGUGCGAACUUACACGAAUGAUAAUGACUCUUAUUUUUAUCCAAGAGGAGGCUUGUAUUCUCCCAGACUGUAUGAUGAUGUCUACUCAGUUAAAGACGUUUACAAUGUGGCCGAUAGAAUUACUUCAAAUGCUGAAAGUACUUUGAACACUUUCACUUCAAAUUCUGUUUACCCUUAUUUUAAUGAAUAUCUUGAUUCCAAUUAUAAUUUUUAUCCUAACGUGGGUUAUAAAUCUAUUAAUUAUAGUUAUCCAUCAUACUUGUCUGCUUAUUAAUUAAAUAUUCAGAAGUCUACUUUUAUUUUAACGGAAUGUUUUACAAUAUCAAAUCAUUUUCAAUAUUAUGCCCCGAAAUUUUUGAAUUUUAUAUUAUAGGCAUCUACCACAAUUAGAAUUACGAAUUUAUCUUAUAGAUGCAAUGUAUAAAAUAAUAUAUUAUAACCGUUGCAUGUCAAUAUUUAUUAUAAUAUAGAUAGUCGAUAAUAAAGAAGUGUAAUAAAA